CUUGUUGGAGAUUUGGUUGUAGAUUUGGAUGAUUCUGAGCGGGGCUCGGCGCGUUUGGUCCCUGUUUUUUUUUGGCUCGAUUUGGUGCUAUGUUUUGCGUUGAAAUUGCGACUGUUUUUAGUCCGAAUGGAGGCUGUUCAUGUUCUGUCCCUCUUCUCUGCAUGUUUGGAUGCGUUUUAUGCCGUGAAACAUGAGAGUUUAUGGGAUUUACAAGGAUCUCUUCGGCUGAUUUGCGUGCUGCGUUUGUUAGAAGUCCAUGCCUGGGAUUCCUUGGCGGAACAUCGGCUGAUUUGUUCAUCUGGAUUCGGGCUUGUCUAACUCCCCGCUGCAAUCCGCGUUUUUUUUUUCAUAUUUGCUCGUUUGUACCCGAUGCCGGAUGGAUGGUUUCUGUUUAUGCAAUCUUGACGCGAUGAGCGAAUCUGCUGUUCUAUGGACGCGAUAUCUUUACGGAACUAUCUGUUUUCUCAUCUCUAUUGGCGCUUGCAGCUUCUAGGAAACCUAGGAUUAGGAUUAGAUUUCGGUUAAGGAACGCGGAUGCUUUGCCUUCGUUUCCUGCUGUGUCUAGCCUGAUCUGGGCAAGGAAAACCGUAAUCUUCCUCGUAUUUUUCUAUUUCGCUGUUUGGGGAUUCUGUAAUAGGGGCGGCUGGAGACACUGAUGCUUUACUUCAAUGUCCUGCUGUGUCUAGCCUUAUUUGGCUACAAGAGGCACCGUGUCUAGCCAUAUUUGGCAAGAAGAGGUGUUGCCUUCCUCGUAUUUUUCCAUUUGGCUGUUGGAGGGAGCCGCGGCUGCGAAACACAGGUGCUUUACUUCCAUUUCCUGCCGUGUCUAGCCUGAUUAGCAAGAAAAACCGUCUUCAUCGGUUUUUUCCCGUUUAGUGGUUAGACCAAUAGAGGAUUCCUCCACUAUGGUCUGUUGUUUCACCAAAUUUGUUCGGCAACUGAGGUAGUGCAUUUCGCCCUCUCUUGUUUGGCUGUUGGAGGGAGCCGCGGCUGGGCUUCACUUCCAUUUCCUGCCGUGUCUAGCCGGAUUGGCAAGAAAAACCGUCUUCAUUGUAUUUUUCCAUUUUGCGGUUAGACCAUUAGAGGAUUCCUCCACUAUGGUAUUUUGUUUCACCAAAUUUGUUCGGCAACUGUGGUGGCACAUUUCGGCCUCUUUCUGACGUUCAGGAAGACUGUUUCUUGAAUAGAUCCGGACGUAUGUCUCCUAGUUGGGAUUUCUCCGUAUGUUUCCUUAGCUGUUCAUCGACUGAGUUUUUGUUUAGACAAAUUUGUUUUGGGUCGCUUUACGGUUCUUCUAGGAAUGACUAUGAUCUCGCCCGGUUUGUUCAGUAAUAAUUUGGUUGCCUGCGAAACUCAUGCCUUCUCCUUUUCCAUAGGAAUAUGGAGAAUACAGGUGUGUCUCAGUGGAAGCAGCUGCUGGCUUCCUUUGGGCCAAUUGUGUAACCUUGGCAUUUGGGAAUAGAGAUAAGCGAAGCAGCAGCAUGAAUGUAUGCUCAAUCAGGUUAUAGUUAUGGUUCCUCCUCAAUGGCUAAUAGGUGCAAUGUGGAUUCAUAUGAUGACAAUGUUACGGCUUUGAAGGAUGUUUCUUCUAGGGAAGCUUCAAAUGAUUUCACAUGGUUGGGAGCUCCUUGGCAUUGCCAACAACGUCUGAAGCACUACAAAUCUUUCUGCCGUAGAGGAAUUACUAUCUCGGUGCAUAGUUUUGUAUACAUCAUGAGUGAAGAGAUGAAGAGACUUGUUGCUUAUGUGGAAGAUCUCUACGAGGAUACAAAUUCAUGCAACAUGGUCAAGGUACAAUGGUUCGACAAAGUUGAUGAGGUUGGUGUUUCGUUGCCCAUGGAUUUCGAUGACAGAGAGAUUUUCUUUUCUCUGGGCCGUCAAGAUCUCAAUGUAGAAUGCAUUGAUGGGUUGGCUGCAGUCCUGAGUGCCCAGCACUACGAGAAGUUCAAGAGUGAUACCAGAUGCAGCUUGUGGCAACCUUAUUUUUGCUGUCGGCAGAUUGAUAAUGGUGAAGUCAAGCCUUUUGAUGUCACACAGCUGCAAGGCUACUGGAGCCAGGAAAUACUUAGGACCAUGUUCAAUGCAACUUCCUCUCUGAAGGUGCGUUUCAAGGUCCCUAAAUCGGGACCCAGUUCAGAUGGAGGGUUGAAGAGGAAGCGUGAUGCAUUCAACAAUGAUGCUAAUCCACAGAAGGUCAUUUGUUCUGAUGCUUCUACUUCUAGAUUUUAUGGUGGUGAGAACAUCAAACACUUGUGUCCUGGUUGCCAUGUGGAAGUACUAUCUCAAGAUAGUGGUAUAAGGGGAUGUUGGUUUAGAUGUUUGAUUCUGAAGAGGCAUAAAGAUAAAAUCAAGGUGCGGUACCUAGACCUUCAGGAUGCUGAUGAGACUGGAAACUUGGAGGAGUGGGUUAUGCUAACAAGAGUUGCUAAACCUGAUCAACUGGGUAUACGUUUCCAUGGAAGGCCAAUGAUUCGUCCGCAGCACGUGGAAGAAAGCAAGGCCUCUUGCUUUGAUGUUGGAGCCAUUGUUGAUGCAUGGUGGCAUGGUGGCUGGUGGGAGGGAAUUGUGUUGUGCCAGGGAGGCAGAGGGCGUCUACAAGUAUAUUUUCCAGGAGAAAAGCGAAUUGCUGAAUUUGGUGACGAUGAGCUGAGGUAUUCCCUUGAGUGGGUUGAUAACAAAUGGAAUCCUUUGAAGGGAAGAAAAGAUAUCUCAAGCAAGCUGACCUCCACUGCAGACUGUGGAAGUGGAUAUUUGAUUGGGAAACAAGAUCAGCUCGAUUUUGAUGUGCCUCCAAAACCAGAACCUCAACAGGGACUUCGAUAUGACAAGAGGGGUAUUGAGAAACCUUCAGUCUGCACUAUCUCACGAGAUCAGAAACGUGUCCUCGCCGACCUGACUAAUGAUCUGAAGUUAGAUAAUUUGAGGUGGAGGCCAAGAAAGAGGAGUAGAAGAUUUGGGUCAAGAAAGCAGUCGGACACUAGCAGCGGAAGCAGCAGUGGGGACAUGGACUUGUCCAGCCCCAGUGGAAGCUUUGGUCAACCUAAUCUAGUGCCCGACGAGGAGGCAUGCAAGAGCAGUGGAGAGCAGCCUUUUAUGGGUGUGCCUGUGCAGGUUCCAAAUCUUGUGAUGUCCAGGUGAAAGCCAAAUUCAGCAGCACAGGUUGAAGGGGUUAACAUGUUAGCUUCUUACUUUCUGGAGUUACACCGGCCUUGGCGAGAUGUAGGUUUUGUGCAUCCCCAGGUUUUUUUUGCCAGCACAACCCAGAUCCAGGUUUUGACAGUUUUUUUGAAGGCUCAUCAACUAGUAGUCAGUUAGAUGUGCAGAUGUGUCACCAAGAACCAGUAUACAGUUUGUAUGUACUGACUGACCUAGAUAAGUUUUUUAUCUGGUCCCUAAAAUGUGUAGGGUUGAUAGCUUUGUUAACAUCGUCUAGGAGGGGAAGAAGGUCCAGUUUGGUUUCUGGUUUUAGAGCUUUCAUUUUUUUUGGGCAAUCGUAGUCUUUGUUGUUUGUUUGUUCAUCUAGUCUUAGCUGUGGCUCGCCUACAUAAAGUUAUUAUGCUCUACUAAACUCAGUGAGAUGUCACUACUGAAAUCAGUGAAAUAUCACAAGAUAUAGUUGCUUGUUGCCAA